AUGCCAAUACACUACACAGUACAGGGCCAGCGGUCAAAAAAGGCUGCAAGAUUCAUAGACUGUCUCUGCCAUGAUACUUCGCUGAAAGGCCAAGAACGGACACAGUGGAGAUUUCCAGAACCUUCCGUUCUGAACCUUAAUGGCUCCUUUCGUCAUCGAAAGAGUCUAUACUUCAGAGCGACCAAUGGUGAUGACAGGGAAACCGUUGCUGACAUCGUGCUCCUCCUAUCUCUGGGGAAGCCCACACUGGUUCAACGGUCCCUUGGACCUGGUGACUGUGUGGCUGGUUCGGACGGCGGCGAGAAGGUUGAUCAAACCAAUGGAUUCAAUGGGUUGUAG